AUGUGUCGAAAUCUCACCAGUGGAGUGUUCGAAUGCGAUUGUCAUGAAGAUUUCAAGCCAAAUGGAAGUCAUUGUGAUCCACGAGAAACCGUCGGAAGCUUUGUGACAGUUGUUGGAAAUUCUUUCAUAAUGACGUCAUCGGUGAAAUGGGACGAGUUUUCCAUGAGAUUUCAACGAACAAUAAGUCGAAAUCGCCGCCUGAUAACGGCAACGAUGGAUUCGAAACGAAAUUUGAUAUGCUAUUUAAUGGCAGCAGUAAAAGCGGACCCAUUGACAUACGCAUUUAUGGAAUGUUCUAGGAUCACAAAAAAAUCAUGGAAAACUGUGAAGACGGACAUUACAGCUAGUUUUCCAUUUGAUGAAGUGAGGAUGAUGCAUCACGAUCCAAUCGAUGACAACUGGCUUUUUCUUGUUGGCCGAACAAGGCUGAUCAUUUGUAAAAACGAUGCACCACCACUGAGAAAGUGCAAAAUUACAGUGGACGAUGUGGAUAUUGAAGAUUUCGUCGUAGACUCUGCUACUGGAUUGAUUUUCUAUUCUACAACGGGACGAAAUGCUGGCGUAUGGCGUGUCAGUUAUGAGAAUCGCACUAAGCUCAGCAUGUCAAAACGAGUACUUCAAAUGCCAGCAGGUCUAGCUGUGGAUCCGUUCUCGAAGACAUUGUAUUACAGUGACAGAUAUUUCGAACGAAUUUUUGCUAUAGAUUACGGUAACACGUGGACUACACGAAGUGUCAUUCAUGAUAGAAGGCUGAAAUAUUCAACAUCAUUAGCAUUCUUCACUGAUUAUCUCUACGUACCGAGCCGUUCUGAACUUCUACGGGUUGACACGAUUACCUCAAAAACGGAAGUCGUUAAUUUUCACGCGCCAAUAUCGGGAUUCUUUGUCAAUCACAAUCUGUCUGCACCUAGGAGCUCAGGAAUUCCUCUUCUUACAUGUAUGGCAGUGGACUCAUUGUCGGGGAAUAUUUACUACGGAACUCGACCAAGUGUGGCUACUGCUGGAAUAACCGUGUUUCAUCCGAAAAAUCCUAAUAGAAGAGCACAAGUCGUGAAAGCAAUUGGUGGAGUGUUUUCCAUAAAUGUCGAUUCCAUGGCAGGGUUAGAGGUGCUUGUCGGUGUGUCGUCAUUUAAUCCGACAGCGGUGGCUAUCGAUGUUGAAACGAGGCGUGUCUAUUGGUUAGAUCCGUCCGAAUAUGUGCUGCAUUGGGUCGGCUACAAUCUGGAAAACAAUCAGUAUGUCUUCGUCGAUGACAGUCAGGAUGAAAUAAAAGUCGACGACAGUCAGGAUGAAAUAAAAUUUCGACCUCUCUCUUUUCAAGGAUAUUUCCGAGGUCCCGAUAGUGAAUUCCUUAAAAGGCUUUCUAAUCUUGUCGACUGUAACUGCCACGACCGACUUUCUAUUAACCUCGGCAUUGAUCAAGUGAUUUUCUUCGUAUUUUUGUUGAGCAAACGCGAGGUGUUACUAUUCUUUGUUCACGAUUAA